UAUCAGGAGAUUCACUCGCUUGAAGAGCUUCACGGAUACAGGCACGCUCCGCGCGUUUGUUGUGAAGAGUUGCCUGGCAACGCAUCCCAAAGGUCUUUCCUGUGUGCACGCAAUCAUCUCCUCCUCUUCGUCCCUCGUCUGACAACCGCCUAUCCUCCUGUUCUCCGUAUCCUCUCCAGCCUUCGAGAUCGAGCGACCUGUUCGUGGUGGAUAGCAGCCAUGACGUCUCGAAAAACGCAGCAGGAGAUCGACAAGACCUUCAAAAAGGUUGCGGAAGGUAUCCAAACAUUCGAAGGCAUUUACGAGAAGAUUCGAUCCACAUCAAAUAUCACGCAGCGGGAUAAGCUCGAGGAGAACUUGAAGCGCGAGAUCAAAAAGCUCCAACGAUAUCGUGAUCAGAUCAAGUCAUGGGCGUCAGGCAAUGAGGUCAAGGAUAAGGGGCCGCUGUUAGAGCAACGCAGGGCCAUUGAAACUUGCAUGGAACAGUUCAAAGCGGUAGAGAAAGAGAUGAAGACGAAGGCAUAUUCGAAAGAAGGACUGUCGGCUGCAUCGAGAUUAGAUCCUAAAGAAAAGGAGAAGGUCGAGACUUGCGACUUCCUAUCAAACAUGGUGGACGAGCUACAACAGAAGAUCGAGGCCAUGGAAGCUGAAGAGGAGACGCUUCAUAUGCAAGUGAAGAAGGGCAAGAAGGACGUGGCCAAGACGAAUCGCCUAUCGGAUCUCACGCGGUUAACAGAGCGCCAUAAGUGGCAUGUCAACAAGUUGGAACUGUUGCUACGGUCGCUGCAGAAUGGCAACCUCGAAACGAGUCAGGUACUGGACAUCAAGGAAAGCAUCAAGUACUAUGUGGAGGAUGGUCAUAACCUCGACUACUCUGGAGAGGACGAGACUCUGUACGACGACCUGAAUCUGGAUAACGAGACGGAGAUGCAGUUCGGAAUGACAGGGGACAACGAUCGGGUGUCGUCGCAAGACACUCAGUCGGUUCAGGAUGAGGAGCCGGACAUCAAACCCAAGGCCAAGAGCGAGAGUGCAGGACUUCGAAGGCCAUCCGCGCAGAUGAAGUCCCCUCUGCCCGUGCUAGCAACACUCCACCCGUCAACCUCCACGAAUGCCGCCUCAGGCAUGAAACCUGCACCACCGCCUACCCGCCUACCCGGAGAAACACUCAAGUACGCUUCCGCUGCCGCUGCCGCUGCUGCAAGUGACAAGAACGGGGUGGGCAUUGCACCACUUCCGCCACCUCCAGGUGCCAGCCCCGCUUUCCCGGCUGCUGUACCUGCAAGCAAAGCUUCGGCCACCGCUUCCCCGAGUGUCGCAUCUGCACAACCUGCAUCGAAGGCCACGCCGGCCGUCACGAUAGCCGCGGAGGAGCCCGCCGGCCGAUCGAAAACGCCCGCCGUCAGUCCCAACGUUGCCGCUGCGAACACAUCACCACCCACGAUGGAUAAAGUCGAGGCCCCGAGUGCCAAGGAACAACCCGCGACGAACGGUGAGGCGAGCGGGAAGGAAGAGCAACAGGACGGUGAGGAAUCGAUCUUCCACCUGCCGCCCGGCCUGCAAGAUCUUAUUCAGUCUUUCGAGGUCACGCGGUCUCGUGCCUCAGCAAGUGCCGCCAACCCUUCCCCGUCGGUGCAGCGCAUGCUUGCCACGUCUCUCACCAACUGUCCGGAGCCCGCCGAUGCGGAGAAGCCUCGCCACUACAAGCCUCAAAACCCUUACAACACGCCUCUCUAUUACCCCCAGGAACCGCUCGCCAUCUUCGAUGACCCGCGACUCUACGAAACGGGACGCAUUGAUACCGACACGCUGUUUUACCUUUUCUACUACCGACAGGGCGCCUACCAGCAGUAUCUAGCCGCCAAGGCACUCAAGAACCAGAGCUGGCGCUUCCACAAACAGUAUCAGACAUGGUUCCAACGCCACGAAGAGCCUAAGACGAUCACGGAGGAGUUCGAACAGGGUACAUAUCGCUUUUUCGAUUAUGAAAGCACGUGGAUGAACCGUCGCAAGGCUGACUUCAAGUUUGUCUACAAAUACCUGGAGGACGAAUUGUGAUCGGCGACACACAAGGUCUUUGUACAUGCCUGGUCCGAUGAAGAUAAGUGGAAAAGUGCCUCGGUCGGUUGGGUUUGGCUUUAGCAGGAUGCGCGGAAAUAUGGGAGUUCAGUUCAUCAUUGUCUAUGCAAUUAGUAUUGUGUUGCCAUCUGUUUACGAUCUGUUGUUCAUCCAAGUCUUCCUGGAGCAUGCAGGGACGAGUCUACGAGACACGGGAGUUCUGUGCUGUUCUUACAUGAUGGUUGAUGGGAUGCAGCCAUGACUUAUCUAGGUAGUGAUGCUUGUGAUUACCGUACAUGGACCAUUUGAAAUGGAAUAAUCAAGUCCGGACUUGACUAACUUUUUGUGCCUAUGAGCGGCUGGGGAACCCUGUCGAAACUCGAACCA